CUCAAGGCAUCUACCACGAUAGGUGCCGUGCUCUCGCUGCCGCGCCCCACGAGCGCCCACGGACGUGGCACAGCCACCACCACGGAACCCAGAGCGGAUCAGAGCCUGAUGGUGACCUUGCCGUUGAGCCCACGCCUCAUGGAGAAAGGGAACACGAUGUAAACAGAACUUUUGGAAGGUCCAUGCUUCUCUCUGUUGGUUGGCGCUGGAUGCCCCGGGCUGCGCCGAGCGCGCCGCGGGAAGGGUCCAGCGCCGACCUAAGAAAUCCGCGCGGACCCUUCAAAGUCUCUGUUCAUACCGUUUCCUUGUUCUUCUGUUCAUGGACGGCGACUUCCUUGACGGAGUCGUGGAGUCGACGUUGCGCAGCGUGGCCAGCCAGCUCAAGAUAGAGCUGCGGAAGGAACUCGGCAGGGCCUUCAGCUUGGAGCCGGCGGCCGCCCUGAGCGUGCCGAUGCGGGAUUCCCAGGGCUUUGAUGAAGUGGCAAGGGCGGAGGAGACCGGCAAGGCAAGCAGUGCAGCCAACACGUCGGCAAGCAAUUUUCUCGAGGUCAACCACCGCUCUGUCAACGCGUGGCAGAACAAGCUGACCGAGGAAGAGCAGGAGGCCGUGAAGAACAUCAGGAACUCGGCGAUCGCGAAGGACAGAGGGCCGAACAGCUGCACCAUGAGCACGAG